AGGGGAUGCCCCUUCUGUGGAGAUCUUUGACUCAGGGAAGUUUAUUUUCCUUGGGUACCAAUUUGCUAACUUUUAACUCUUUUGCCAAACUAUUAGAUGACGAUGGUGAUGGAUUUCUUUAUCCUGACUUGGCCGUUACAGCUCCAAUCAGCGCUUCUAAGCCUGUUGCUCUUGAAGUUGGAUUAGGGGAGUUAGGAGGGACCAACAUCGUUUCUAAAGUUAUCACACCUGGGCCUGUAUCGGUCCUGGCCCACUUCUGGGGCUCAGGCUGUUGUUGAGACUCUUGAUCCUACGUCUACUCGAGCCACCCGUCGAAGGGAUAAGGGUAAGGUUGCGACGGCGGCUGAGCAGAGGCCAACAAUUACCUCAAUACCUUCUCCACUCCGUUCAGAGAGGAUGUAUCUGGACUCAAGGCGAGAGAUCGCCGCUUCUUUUGUGACCAGACCUAUCACUGAGUAUGAGAUUGCCUCCCUUCUCUGGACCAAUCCACCUAAAGAGGAGGCUUAUGAGCCCAUUGGGUUGUUGGUGACGGAGGGGGAGGAAGUAAUUGUUGCCCCCUCCUUGAGUCAGAUAGAAAAUGUUGUGAAGCAGACUCUUCGCAACCUUUUUGUGCAAGUUCGUACAAAAGUACGAUUACGCCUUUUGGAGAGGCUAAAUGAGUCAAGGGUUAGAAACCAUCGGAUUAAAGCUGCUCUCAAGCUUAGGGAAGAUCAAUAUCAGGACUUGAAGUCCAGGUUUCCCGAGGUUGAGGAAGCAGAGGGGCUGAAGAAGGUGGAGAUGCUGGAGGAGAAGCAGCCUGAGGCUGUGGCUCCUGCUGAGUUGAUCCAGAGGGUAAAGGAUCUUGAAGCUCAGGUGUCUGCCAAGGAUGAGGCUUACAAGAAGUUAAGCUCCGAGGUGGAGGCUUUUCAUACCGCUCACCUUCGUGAUGCUUCUCUCUUGGAGGAGGCGCUUAAAGAUAAAGAUCAACAGGUGAGCAGGUGCAAACAAUUUGAGGAGGUUUGUUCCCAACUUCGGUUGGAAGCGAGCCAAUAGAAGAAGAGGUACGAGGCAGAGCUGGAUAGUCUCAGGGGUGAAGUGCAACGCCUGACUGAUGAGCUAUCUAAUAAAAAAUGGAGCCAAGCUGCCUCUAAGUCUUGACUUACUGCUCUACAGAGGCAGUUAGCCGAGUCACCUUUUAUUAUUGCUGCUAAAGCCUCUGAAGCGAGUGCUUUGAGACAUCAGGUAGCUGAUCUUGAGUCUGAGCUAGUUGAAAAAGCGAAGACUAUUACAAGGCUCGAGGAUCAGCCACAAUAUCAACUUAAGGCUGUUCAAGACUUAGUGAAGUCCUUAGGGCCUCCUCUUCCCGUGAGCGGGAUUUUCUCCUCGAUUCCUUCAUGUGUUCGGGCUUCACAUUCGAUCUUCAAGGAGGCCCUGGCUAGGGCUGAUCAGGCUGAGAAGAGGGUUUCUCAACUUGAGGAGCAAUGUAAGGGGUACCAGCUCCGUCUUUCUGGUAUGGAGAAGGACUUUCAGGUGUCCCAAAAUCAAGUUAAUGAGUUUAUUCUUCGUUCUAAGAGCUUGGAACUUGAGCUGGAUGGUUCUAGGGAGGAACUUGCCGCAGCCAGGACUGCCCUCGAGCGUGCACACAAAGAUCAUAAGGAGCAGGUCCUUACGGUUGCAUCUUUCUACCUUGAAAGACGCUGCCGUCAAAGCCAGGGUAAUGAUGUUGAAUGCUUAUUUUAUUCAAUACCCUAAUUCUGAUUGGAGUUCUAUGAGGCGACAUCUCCAGGCCCCCAAGAUCGAGCGCAAAGUGUACUCUUGAGGAAGAGUGACCUUCUUCUCCAAACUCCAAGAAAAGAGCCUUCAGCCCAGAAAUUAGCCUCUAAAAGCUCCUCACCCACUCAGCCUCCAAAGGAAUAGGUCUUCAGGCAUCCCAUCAUCCGAUUUUAAGUUGUUUUAUUUUUGUCUUGUAUAUCCUGUAAAUAUAACUUGUUGCUCAGAAAUGUGUAUUUUUGCUCCUGUAAAUUUGAUAUUAUUCUGUUUGUGUUGACUUUGAUUUUUGUAACUUUUCAGAAGAAAAUUUUCAACUUUUAAUUUCUUUUUGUCUUUUUGGCUUGCCUUAGUACUACUUCCCUUCAUGCCCCCUAGUCUUUGUGCUUUGGAAGCUAUGCUGAAGGAUAUGGACUAAAAACAAAUUGUCUAUACUUACUAUCUCCUCAAGGAGGUAUAAUCUUGAUUGAUUGACUAAGAAUUACCCAGCUUUAACCUAAACAGGUUGAAUGAGGGCCUAUCCUUUUUAGGGAAUAAAAUGAACUUGCCCCUGCCCUGACCACUUACUCUAGACUUAUUAGCCUUGUAGACUUUAGCUGUUUCAGAAGUGCAAGACGUUAAGGACCAUGUUUGUCUAUUUGGAAUCUGGAACAAUCUCUUCAGGGUAUAAAAUGACUGUCUUGAAGAGUGUUGACCCAAGGAUUAUAAGCCUUUACUGUUUGGAUCCUAAAACAUUCUCCUCAGGGUGUUAUAGGUACUUUCCUGCGGAGGUGCUUGGCCUAAGGAUGACAAAAGUCUGUUUGGGAUCUGGAACAAUCUUAUCAGGGUAUUAUUAACUUUCCUGAUAAGUGUUUGACCCAAGGAAAAUAAGCCAAAAUUAUCCAAGUCUCUUGGCUUUGAGGUUACCUCUGCCACUAUUUAACUUUGAUGUAAAUCGAACUGGCCUGAUUCCUCUUUUGGAUAACGUUCAGGACUUUAGGGUCUCUCUUAACUAAAAAGCUUUUGUUUUCAAGGUUAAGGUAAAAAAUUUUAUUAGCCUGGUUCGUCCUUUAAUAACGUUCAGGUUUUCAGACUCUUUCUCCUCUGGGAACUUAAGUUCUCAGAUUGAGGCAAUAUGCUUGGUCUCUCUCUUGGGUGAUGUCCAGGGCUUAUAGGUUCAUUCCUAACUUAGAAGUUUUAAUUCAUAGGUUAAGAUACUCUGUCGGGUCCGUAGGUGAUCAGUGUCUAAAGUACAAUCUGUACAGAAUUAAAAAUACGAAGGAUCGAUCUGUUUCAUUAAUGAGUCAUAUUCAUUAAAAUUUUCAUUGCAUUAAAGGAGCUACACAUAGAAUUUUUUCAAGACUCUAAAAUUCCAGUUGUGCCUGAAUUCUUCUUGACCGGGCUUUUUUAAUUUAUAAGCUCCAUGACCCAAGACUUGAGUCACGACGUAGGGACCCUCCCAUGUUUCAGAAAGUUUUUCAUGAUCUCGGAUCUGGGCGGCUUGGGCAUAUCUGAGAACCAGGUCUCCUACUUGAAAUAUUCUUUCUCUGACUUUCCUGUUGUAAAAUCUAGCCACCUUGGUCUGGUAGGCUGCCAUUUUUAGUGCGACUUCUUCUCUUGUUUCUUCAAUGAGUUCUAGGUCCAACAACCUAGACUCUUUAUUUUCAGCCUCUUCAUAGUAUUGGCUAUGUAUAGUUUGUACGCCAAUUUCCACAGGGAGUAAAGCUUCUGUUCCAUAUACCAAUAUGAACGGGGUUGGCCUGUUGCUUCUUUGGGAGUGGUUUUAAGUGACCAUAGUACAUCGUCGAGUUCCUCAGACCAUCUCCCUUUUGCUUCGUCGAGUUUUUUCUUCAAUCCAUUCAAGAUUUGCUUAUUGGUUGCUUCGGCUUGACCGUUGCAUUGGGGAUUGCAGACUGAGGAGUAGGCAACAUAUCUUGAAGGCGCUGAGAUAAUCCUUUAACGUGUUACAAUCAAAUUAUUUCCCAUUGUCCAUCAUCAGCACGAUGGGCAGACCAAAUCUGGUGAUGAUAUGCUACCAUAUAAAUUUUCCACCUUUCUGGAGGUGAUAGUAGCCAAGGGCUCUGCUUCAAUCCACUUAGUGAAGUAAUCCACAACCACUAUAAGGAAUUUGACCCCUGCUAGAGCCACAAGAAAUGGUCCUAGGAGAUCCAAACCCCAUUGAGUAAAAGGGAUCGGGUUAUGGAUGAAUUUCAACUCAUUAGAGGGUGUGUUGAUGUUGGGGCCAAAUUUUUGACACUUCUCACAUUUCUCACCACAUAUUUCGCAACGGUUAGGGUGUUUGGCCAGUAAUAUCCUGCUCUGAAAGCUCUGUGGGCCAAGGAUCUUGCCCCCUGAUGGUGGCCACAAACUCCUUCAUGUAUUUCCCUCAGGACAUAUUCUGCCUCCUCAGGAGUGAUACAUUUCAACAAAGGACCACUUUUUGCAACUUUGUAUAGCUUGCCAUUUACAAUUACAAAUUGGGGUGCCAGAUUCCUGAUCUUUUUAGCCCCGGUUUGCCUGCUGAUGGAACGUUUUGCAUGCUGAUGGCAAAGAUUGAGGUUGCAUCUUCGUGAAUCACACUUUGGGGCCUUACUUCCACCAGGACGGAUCUUUUUAUCUCGUGUUGACUGGCGUUUCCCAAUUUGAAAAGUGCAUCAGUCUGCUCAUUUUGUGAUAUGGGAAGUCUUUCUACUUCAAAGCUUUCGAAGAGUGCGAUCAGGCUUUUUAUUUUCGCCAGGUACUUCUGCAUUGUUGGUUCUCUCGCUUCAUAUUCUCCAAGGAUCUGAUUGACUACUAAUUGAGAGUCUAUCCUCAACCUGACAUGCUUUGCUUCCAAGUCUCUGUAGAUUUGGAGAUAUGCAAUUGUUGCCUCAUACUCUACUUCGUUGUUGGUAGCUCUAAACUGGAAUUUCAAAGCAUAUUCUAUGGUUUUCCCCUCUGGUGAGAUCAGAACAACCCUCGCUUUUGCUCCCACGUGUCUAGAUGACCUAUUUGUGAGUAGCUACCACACUGGGGCAUCUUUCUUCAACUUCGGGUUGAAAGUGCAUUCUGCAAAUAUGGGUAGUCCCCCCGAUCUUCUAUCUUGUCUAGAGAUUUCUCUAAGGGUAGGUCGGUUAGUACUAUCACCUGGUGCUCAUCUAAUUAUGGUUUGAGUUUUCUAGCUGCUACUACGAUGGCAUAGGCUGUUUUCUUGAUCAGAGAGUAUCUGGUUUCUGCGUCUAGCAAGACCUUGCUUACAAAAUAAAUGGGUUGCUGUGUGUUUCCCUUUUCUCUAACUAUCGCUGCGCUCACAGUCGUUUGGCUGGCAGUAACAUACAAAUAUAGGGUUUCCCCUGUGAUUGGUCUUGCUAGGGUGGGAAGGCUAUGUAGGUGAGGUGAUUCUUCAAUUCUUGGAAAGCCUUCUUUUGCUCUUCUUCCCAGAAGAAGUUUUUAUUUACCCUGAGUACUUUGAAGAAUGGUAGGGAUUUCUCAUUUGACUUAAAGCUAUAAAUCUGGAGAGGGCAGCCAUUUCCCUGUAAGUCUCAUGACAUCCUUCUUGACUUUGGUUUUGCUAGGUCCAGAACUGCAUGCACCUUUAUAGGAUUUGCAUCAAUACCCCUUUGUGAAACCAUGAAUUCUAGGAAUUUUCCAGACUUGAUUCCGAAUACACACUUCUCGGAAUUCGGCCUCAUAUUGUGUUUCCUCAUGUUCCCAAAGGUUUCUUUGAGGUUAGGCACGAUGUCUUCUUGCCUUUUGCUCUUGACAAUUGAGUCAUCAACGUAUACUUCUAGGCAUCUGUCUCUUUGGUCAGCAAAGAUCUGGUCUACGAGGCGUUGAUAUGUUGCACCAGAAUUUUUUAGGCCAAAUGGCAUAAUUUUGUAAUUAAACACUCCAACUGAGCAAAUAAAUGCCGUUUUCGCCUUAUCAGAUGGAUCCAUGAAAAUAUGAUGAUACCCAGAAAAGGUGUCCAUGCAACAGAGUAAAGCAUGUCCAACUGUUGAGUCUACCAGUUGGUCGAUCCUUGGCAGGGGAUAGAAGUCUUUAGGGCAUGCUUUGUUGAGGUUACUGAAAUCGAUGCACAUCCUCCAACCUCCUGUGGCUUUCUAGACCAGUUUAACAUUUGCUAGCCACUCAGGAUAUUGGCUUCUGAACUUUUUAGCAGCGACUUCAUCUUUCUCAGGAGCCAUGUUUUUCUUUUCUGCUUUACCGGUUUCAAACCUCCAAUCACGUUUAGUUUAUGGGUGAUUGUAGCAGGAUCGAUACCGGGCAUGUCUGCUGCAGACCACACAAAGAGGUCGGCCUUUUCUUUCAUUAAUAGAGCUAAAUUAGCUUUGAUUGUUGGUGAUAGGGUCUUGCCGAUCUUGAUCACUUUGUCUAUCCCUUCAACAAGGGGUAUUUCUUCUAAUUCGGUCUCCUCGGGUUCGAGGGCCCUGGGAGGUAUUUUACUUUCUGUUUCUUCGUCAUGGAAAGGUCUGGGGUCUACCUCUGCUGUUUCCUUUUCUCUAAGGGUCAAGACUUUUCUCAAAUCUUUCACUGCUUCUUCUAUACACAUUCUUUUGCUUUUUUCUUCCUUUUAUUCUCCUUCUCUUCUGGGCUUUUGUUUUUGAGCCUUGUCUACUUUUAUCAUGUUGCAUGCUCUAGCUAUUUGCUGGCAGCCUCUAGCUCUGCCAACCUUUCCAUUUUCUUCUACAAACAAUAGUGUUUGGUAAAAAUCGGAUGGAAUACCCAUAAUAUUUCCCAAGAAUUUCCUGCCUAAGAUGCAAUUAUAUCUUGUUGGUGCAUUAAUGAUAUAAAAUUCCUAGGCAGAAGUGAUAAUGGCUCCUUCUUUGUCUUGGAUGGUCACAGGCAGUGUGACCUUCCAGUCAGAUCUCAUUGACUCCCCAGAAAAGCCAACUAUAGGAGUUGUUGUCCUUACUAGACAUUGAUUCCCAAUGUACAUUCUGGUCCGUGUUGUUACACGACCUUACGAAUGGAGAUGAAAGAUCUAUGUCCUUGGGGUGUUCAGAGGAGUGAACUGAGCUAAAGUCCUGAGCGCAGGCUUUCUGUGUUCCUCUCUGUGGCCCCUUCCUACAACAGGUGCUUUGUCUCGAUUUUUUCUAUCUUGGUCAUUCUGGUGAUGGCCAGGGUAUGACUCUUUAUUGUCGCUGUGAUUGUUGUUGUUUCUCUUUUCAGGUCUGUCUCCUCUGAGGCCAGCAGCGAUGUGCUUGAAAUUCUCAGUGGCUGUGAAUCUUUCUGCCCUUUCCCUAACAUCAUUUAUAUCGUGAAUAUUAAUCCAUCCGACGUCUUCCUUGAACCUUCUGUCGUCAGAUCAUUCAUUAUUUAGUGGAGUUCUCAGGUUUAGUCACAGUCAAACAUCCGAUGCUAAAACGUGCGAUGUAUUCGUUAAGUGAUUCUUCUAUUUCCUGUCUGCAUUUCAUCAUUUCAAUGGUUGCUUAGGUCUUCUCACAAACGGUGCAUAUUGGCUCAUAAACCUGGUUGCUAAGUCAUCAAAGCUUGUGAUAGAACCUUCAGGCAGGCAUUGAAACCAAGUUUGAGCCAACCUUAUCAUAAUUAGGGCGAAAUUCUUGCACCUUGAAGCAUCACUGUGGACCUCUAAGGACAUAUGCCCUUGGUAUGCAUUGAGAUGUUCUGUGGGGUCUGAACUUCCAUCAUACUUGACGUGCUCGGGUAGUUUAACCCGAUCUACUAGUACAUUCACUAUUUCUUGGGAAAAUGGUGAAAUGCUAGGUAUCUUGAUCUUCUGGACAGGAGAAGAGGUUGAAAUUGAUUGACCUUUCUCUUGCCUGUUUGUUCUUUCUUCCACUAACGGCUUUUUGCUUUCUAGAUUGAUUGUACUUCUUCUAUCUACCUAUUCUUGUCUGGUUUGGUUUUUAGCAGGUUUUGUUUCGCUCCUGGUGAUACUGAGAUGAUCCUACCAGUCUCUGGCAAUCUUUCUUUCCCUUUUUCUUUCAUGCCCCCUAGAUCGAGAGGCCUGAGUGCGACAUGGCAUCCUGAGUUUAUGCUCAGGGUCUUCUUUAGUUAUUUCCCUUUGAGGACCUAGCCUUUCUCUGACAUUAGAACCUUUAGGUCCUAGUCUUUGAUGUCUUCCUUUCUUUUCCUGAGGAUGCAGCAGACUCAACGGGAAUGUAUCCUUUCCGGUUGCUUUGGGCCUCUUGCUCCGACAUGGAGCCAAAAGUUCUUGUUUGGCUCCUACUCCACAUCCUAGAACCAGUAAUUUGUCAUUGGAAACCUAGUCUCUGUUUUGCUGGGAUCACUUUGGAUCCUAAUCUGUCUUUGAUACUACCGGCUCUGUGUCCUGUCUCUCCAUGCUCAGUGGCAUAAGGUCUUUUUUCUGUUUUAUCCUCCUCAUAGGGGAUAAGGGAUAGGAUUGCUAGGUGCAACACUUUUAGGUGGUGGGGUAACUAUAAGGUAACCUCUGGCAGCAAUGAUUGCUUGAGUCAAACCAUGGGUAAGAGUUUCCAUUUCUUCAGAAGUCAAUACCGCACUGGGCGGAGUGUUAAACUCCGCUCUUGUGAGAGGGCUCUCACCACCGAAGGUGUUGCUUCGUCGUCUUCAGAUUCUCUUUCACCCAUAACCGCAAGAGGAUUAUGGAUGGAAACGGGGUUCCACUCAUGAUUUGUAUGAGGAUUUGUGUCACUGAUGUAGCGGGGCCUUUGAGUUUGCUGAGGGUUUGAGGAUCCCCCAACUUCGGUUUGGUGGCGCUCGCCAGACUUGGAACGUAGGUUUUGCUUGGAGUUAGUCAUUUUCUCGAGGAAAAGAGGCUUGUUUUGAGAGGCGAUUUCGGUCUAAAGAUAGGGUGAAACGUAGCUAGAAAAAACUCUAGGCUCUCCUUCUAGCGCCAAAUUGUUCCUGCCGUGAGUUGAACAAUCAACACUCCCUAUAAAGCUAAUGAGAAUGCCUUUUAGGGUUCACAAUGAAUAUGAAAAACUGGAGGAGAUUUUGAGUCGCGAUCUUAGUUGCUUCACGCCGUAUCCUGCGCAAAGUAACAAACCUGGUCCUCGGGGGGUCCUCCUCUGAUGGUAAAGUCAAAUUGUGUUUAGCGUGGAUUAUAAAAUACUUCUCUUAGAGAGCUAACUUGUCUUUUCUCUAGAGAGGAAGAGUUCGAAUGUCAAGAAUGCUCAAAAUAUAAAAGGUUAUCCUACCGUUGGUAAUGCGCGGCAUUGUAUAUUUACAGCAGAGGUGUGAGGAGGAGUCUCCAAAACCCUAAUGGCAAUUUAGACUUUUUACCUUGAUAGAAUCCUUCUUGGGAUCGGUUAAAAGGGAAUGGAAUGUUCUCAAAGCAUGCUUGGGGCUAGCUGGUUGGCUGAUUCUUACUUCAUGGUCCCCCCUUUUUGUCUUUUAGUGUGUUUGCAGUGGUAGGAUACGAGGUAGGUGUGGUGCGUUGCCUUGUGCGAGUGUUGCAGAUUUUUGCAUGUGACUACAGUUGUCUCAUGACACAUAAUCAUUUCCGUUGUAGUAUUCUAUUGGUGUUGGGAUUUUCGUUCUCGGUCAAGGUCUUCUCGGAAUGACCCUGCUACUCCUGUCACCCUAUGACCUAGCUAAGAAGUUAUCUUGGCUCUCCAAGAGUGAUGGUGUCUUCCUCAGGAAGCUGGGACCUCUAAGGGGAUCUUGGUCACUUUGCUUUUCCUUGUAUCUAUGGUAGUGAUUAGGGUUCCUUCUCCUUGGGGGGUUCUCGGAUGGUUAGGUUUGAUGCUCUCGCUUGUCAGGGUCCUGGGACCCAGGACUAGAUUUUGGUAUGUACAGCUGCUUUUCCCAUUUCUUAUAUCUACUUUGCGUGUAUGAGAAGAUUGUUGAGGAAGUUUCAUUACAUGUACGGUAGAUCUCUCAUCAGUUUUUGCCAUGCAUUGAUCUAGUCAGGGUCAGGGUCCCGCCUUUAUAACAAUUUUGAUGAAGUACCCGUUGUAUUUCUCACUUGAAAUCUUUCACAACUCUUUCAAUCUUUCUCUCUAGAAGUACUUUCAUAUUUCCUUUGCUUUUCCUUGUUCACUUGUGAACUUUGUGGAUUUUCUGAUAGUCUGAACUUAGACUAUCAUGGUCAGUACUUUAGUGGAGCUCAUUGAUUGGAUGAUUAUCAACUACAAAUGCCUUUUUGUUGCCUUGCUAUAAAUGUGGUAAGCACAUUAAGAGGUAAAUAUUCUCCUUUUUGGUUUUGCUUCACCUUCUACAUGCAUGGUAGCUUUCAUGCACGUGAUUAAAACUGCUACUCUUCUGACUUAUCGCUGUUGGUCAUUGAUGACCUUGGGAUAUGCCCCAAGGUGGAGAUAUCCGUGUUACCACCACAUUCUAACUUGGUUCUGGUUAGUCACCUCUUGAAGGUCCAGCUGUCCUGAGCUUUUCAGGCAAGGGUGACUUGAUCCCAACUAGUGUCCUCGUAUCUUCCUUAGGAGACUGCGACCUGAGAGGUGAGUAUGGUGUGCUUUGGGUUGUGUAGGAAGAAAAUUGUGGUCCAUCUCUCCUGAGAGGAUUAUGAAACUACACUACUGAGUUCUGUUUUGUAAUUCUUUUUUUGCGUCACGCUCUUACCUAUUGCAAGUGUUACGUAUUUUAUAAGGAUGUAUUGCUGUAUUUUCCGUUUCUAGUCUAUUGUCUUUUAUGUUGUACGUUCUCUUCGUUGCUGUCUUAAUCAAUUUUCAGUAUUUCGCUUAAAAUUUUGUUAUGCUCCGACUUAUUUCGAUAGUGCUUACAUGUUAGCACCCCUUACAGAAUUCCCAAGUGACAUGUUCCGUAAGUGUUAUAUCAUCCCUUGAAUUUAGUGGAAACUUUUAGUUUAUGC